AUGUUGGACUCUGAGUUCUUGGAAGCAGCCUUGACUACUGCCCGCGACGGCAUCUUAUCGCAUCCGGCCCCUAUUCACACGUUUAGCCUUGACGACAGUUUCUCGGCAAAUAGUUGCUGCCUGCACAAGAGUCUGGCCAAACACCGAUUCGACCUGCUGGAAUAUACUUCGAGGCUGGCAUGCUCGAGAAGAUGGUCGGUGAUUUCGGACUGUUCGCUCAUCCGAGCUCUGCGUUUUCGUGUCUACGUUGCGCAGACCGGUCUCGCCUCUGCCACCGAAUCCGAACCGAAGCCCGGUUCAACCUCCAAACCGCAGAAGCACGUCGACGCAUCAGCAUUUGGCGGAAGCAAAGCCCAACAAGUCUGCCUCAAAGUCGACCUCCGCAAGACUUGCUUCCUUCGAGCGGCAUUUUGCCCAUCGCGCUUCUUUGCGGCGAACAACUGA